AUGUCAUCACAGUCCACAUACAUACCACAUUACAGACAGGGUAAUAGGGAACCAUCAUAUUCUAGACAUCGUAAUUCUGGGCAGAUAUAUGUCACUACUCCAGUUUGCCAGACCUGUGGUAGAUCACAUUUGGACCAAUGUCGUGUUCUAACUGGAGAUUGCUUUCGGUGUGGCCAGUUAGGACAUCACUUGAGGGAUUGCCCUCAGCCUCCGAGGAAUUUCAACCAGGCUUAUAUUCAGUCAGCUACACUUACUCAGACUACUCGUAAUACUUCAGGUGCUAGAUAUACAGGAAAUAGAGGUCGAGGUGCUGGAGACCAUGUUACUGUAAAUCAAGGACAAGGAAAUGCUGGUAGUGGUCAGGUGAGAGUUUUUGCAUUUACUAGACAGGAUGCUCAGGCCUCGAAUGUUGUGGUCACAUUUAUUCUUUCUGUCUGUUCAUUUGAUGCGUUUGCAUUGAUUGAUCCGGGAUCUACUCACUCUUAUGUGUCCUCGUACUUUGCUUUGAGGUUUGGUAGACAACCCGAGCUAUUGAAUGAUCCUUUUCUAUUUGCUACUCCUGUUGGAUAG